AUGGACAGAGGCAUGUCUGUGUCUCUGUGGUGCGAGGAGGUGGAGGACGAGCAGAGUCGGGAGCGGGGCCAGGCCGAGGCUCCAGCCCAGGGCCACACCGGGGGCCCGUCUCAGGUGCGAGCCGCCUGGGACCCCACCGUGUCGGGGCAUCGCGUGAUCCAGAGGCUGCUUCACGUGGAGGAGAGGUACAUCCCCUCCACGCUCUACGUCGCCCUCAUCCAGCGGGACCCAGAGCGCAGGGAGGAGCUCGCCAAGUGGGCCCUGGAGGUGUGCUGUGAGUGCGGCUGUGACGAGGCAGUGUUCCCUCUGUCCGUCUCCCUGCUGGACCGGUUCCUGUCGGCCUCCCUGUCUGUGCCCGUCUCACCGUACUGCUUGGCCGCCGGCUGCAUCCUCAUAGCCUCCAAGCUCACAGAGUGCGACAACGUCACCGCCGACACUCUCUGCGCUGCAGCCGAGUACAGCUUCCAGCCUUCCAACCUGAGGGACAUGGAGCGCGUCAUCCUCGCCACCCUGCGGUGGGACACAGCGGCGGUGACCCCUCAGGACUUCCUGCCACACUUUCUUGCCUCCGUGGAGCAGAGCGGCGUCUGGGAGGGCGGCGAGUCCGAGGAGCGGCUGUCCACCCUGCGGCGGCACAGCGACACGCUGGCCGCCAUGUGUGUCUGCGACUCCCGGUUCUUGGGAGCACCGCCGUCACUUGUCGCCGCGGCAUCCCUGAACUGUGCACUGCGAGGUCUGGGCGACAAGGGGCCCAGUCAGCUGGCUCUCAUGAGUGAAGUGCUGGCAGAGCUGUGCCAAACUGACCUGGUGGUGCUGCAGUGUUACAGCGAGAUGAUCGAGUACGGCCUCCACCAGCGGCUGAGGAGUGGGCUCCAGCAGGCCCCCACGGAGAAAGGGGAGGAGGUGGAGAACGAGAGGGCCGGGACGCCCACUGACAUGAGAGAGAUUGAUUUCUAAGCACUGAAUCAGCUGCUGCAUUGAAAGUGAAUAAUCAAUCACAGCCUUUUAAGUUCAUCAGUCAAACUGAUGUUAAUUGAAAAUGACCUCGAAAAAUGCUCAGACAUGGUUUUAUUAUAUAUUUUUGAAUUUUUUGAUUUUUAUAUUGAGUAACCGUUAAUGUAUUUUUUACUUUAAUUUAUUUGUGAACAUUUUUUGCAACUUUGUGAUUUCCAUGUGCCAUAUUUUAUUAUCUAUUUCCUAUUUAAUUUCACUGUAGGAUUAGACGUCAUUUUGAUGCAUGAUAUUUAUCUAUUUAUAAUUUAUUAUCACGUGCAAUUGUUGACUUGUUUCAUGUUAAUUUAUUUCAUUAAGCCAUGACUUUGUGUUUAUGUACU